AUAAUGUGUCCACUUAAUUUCUCACCAACAAAAUCUUCCGUUCCAACCGCCCAAUUAAGUUUAAAAUCUUGUAAAUUAAGCGCUCACAAACCCUAAUGGAAUCAAUAUCAUUAUUCACAUUCCAACCGCCUGUACUAGUAGUUACAUCCAAUCUCGAUUAUGUUCGUAUUCCUGAAUUUCACACUACUAGUAGUUCCGUACCGAUUGUUGCGCGCAAUGUCAGUUCUCAGCUAAACCGGCGUCGUUUUGCGUCUGUUCAAAGGCGUUGUUCGUAUUCCAAUCCAAAAAGUGCAGAAGAAGAAGGAUCGGUUGAAGAAAUUAGGAUUCCGAACGCCUGGUUGGAUUCUUCUAAAGCUUUGGAGGAGUCAGAAUGGUUAAGAGUAACUCUUCACAAGUGGUUGGAUGAUGAAUAUUGUCCUGAGCCAACUAAUGUAGACAUCAGCACUGUUGCAGCGCGUUCGUACUAUAAAUCUUUGACGGAGAGCCAAACUGAUCUAGGUGAUAUAUUGCUAAGAAUGGCAAUGGACCUGGAAACCAUAUCUUAUCAGGAGAGCUUUCAUGGAGCAUUCUCGUCGGCAAAUGCAGCUAUAAAUCUCAUACUCCAACGAAUAAUGCAAGAGUGAAUGCUUAGUCUUUGCCAGAUGCUAGUGAAGGCUUGUCUUCAGUUAAUUUGAGUGCUGUUGAGGCUAUGAUUUUCCAAUUAGUGUUGGUAAAAAUGGUAAACGCUUACUUUGGGCUUCGCCAGGGGAGUCAAAUGGCAAUGCCCCUAGAUCAAGGAAGGUGAUUCCCAGGCUUAAACCUUAAUCUUCACUUAUGCAUUGGCUGCCUCCUUAUUUCUGGGACCAGCAUUAGGUGACCAAUUAGGGACGCACAGAUGUGCUCCAGUCUUAUUUUCAGUUUUUAUUUUAUUUAUGAUGGGUGUCAGGGUGAAGUUUGUCGAGACAUAAGAGAGAGAUACAAAGCCCUUUAUCAGUUUAGAUCAUUUAGUGAUUUACUUCUAUCAGUCCCAUUCUAUAGAAAUUGACAGCUAAGAACCUGCGCGGCUUAUCUCUAUAUGUUAUCCUUUUUUUAUCUAUCCAUAGUCAAACCUCAUGUCUUUCAUUAUUGUUUUCCUUUCUGACUAUAUGGUUGAAUGAAAUAAGAUUUAAUUA